CGCUGAGUGUCUGUGGCUGAGCGGGGCGCUGAUUGGCCGUGGGCGUGUUCCCGGCGCAGGUGAUGGAGGAGGAGCUGUGAGCGGACAGGCGACCCAAUGGAUGAGACGGAGAUCCGGAGACUUGCAGUGGGACAUGUGCUGAGCGCCUUGGCUGUGCUGUUUUCCCUGUGUGUGCCGCCAUUCCUCUUCGAUUACUUCUCUGUCCUGGGAACACAUCUCACAUGGAUGUGCUUCUGCUCCGUCUGUGUCAUCGCUGUUAAUUGUUUAUUACUUUUAACGCUCAAACCAAACCCUUCAACCAAAAGAAGCUCCCUUUCAAGCAAGGUCAAUAAACUGUAUAGAUCCUGCCUAUAUUUCUUAGCUUCCUGUCUGCUGUUUCAUGGGAUUAUAGUUUUGUAUGGAGCACCUCUUGUAGAAUCGGUGGGAGAAACCUUCUUUUUUGCGGUUUUGUUGUCAUCCUUCACAACGUCACGCUGUCUGUGCAUUCUUGGACCAAAUUUUCAUGCUUGGGUCAGAGUAUUCAGUAAGGAUGGGGCAAUGUCCGUAUGGGAUCACAGUCUUCAGAUCACAACCAUCUGUAGUGUGGUUGGUGCCUGGUUGGGGGCAUUUCCUAUUCCUUUAGACUGGGACAGACCUUGGCAGGUGUGGCCCAUCUCUUGCUCUCUGGGUGCCAGCUUUGGUUACGUUAUCAGCCUCCUCUUGGCACCCUUCUGGAUUUACUGGAACCGGAAACAACUGACGUACAAACGAAGAUAGCAGGGACGGGCGGAUGAUGAGAGCUUCUGUGCAAUGAAACUCAGGCCACCUUAUCAAGUUCUGUCCCCAUAAGAGACACUUGUAACCUCUGUAGAAAUAUUACCCUGAGAAAUGGCAUCUUUCAGAACAUCGCUGAACAAUCAUGUCCUCGUCAUGUUGCCGUCAAACGUUAUGUUUGCAAAAGCAGGUCAAUAAAAUAUUUUUUGUGCAGCG